AUGGCCUUUCAAGCUCUAUUUUGCAUUCUCCUCCUCAUUUGUUUAUACUCUCACAUAGCACAAUCAAAUUCCGUUAACGAAUGCUCGACUACCUUAGAGUUUCUUAAUCAAUUGGGCGGAAUCAAGAAAGGCGAUAAUGUGAAAAGUGUAUACGAACUAAAGAAUUAUUUGUCGUAUCUCGGGUAUUUGAAUCACAACGGACACUCCAACGAUCAUAGUCAGAAACAUGAAAAUGUUUUCGACGAUUCUUUAGAAAUCGCCAUAAAAAAAUACCAAGAGUCUCACGAUCUUAAUAUUACCGGACUCUUAGAUGCUAACACCAUAACAAAAAUGCACCAAACUCGAUGUGGCAUGCCGGACUUUUCGAACCCUAAUAAAAGUUUUCCAUUUCACACCGAAUCUCAUUAUUCAUUUUUCGAGGGUAAACCCAAGUGGAACAAGAAAAACCUCAGUUACGCCUUCAAUCAGAACGUAUUUAAAGAGGCCCAACAACCGUUAAAAAACGCGCUGAACGAAUGGGCAUCCAAGACACCUUUCAAAUUCUAUUACGUUAAAAAUAUGAACCAAGCCGACAUUAAGUUUAGUUUCGUGAGAUGGGAUCGUCCCGAUGCCCUGGCCCAUUCUUUACCGCCUCCCGACGGAAGGGUCAACUUUGACGUGAACCGGAGCUGGUCUUAUGUCCCUAAAAAAGAUUUUUACGAUAUGCAAACAGUUGCGCUGCAUGAGUUGGGCCACGUGCUCGGGCUUAGUCACAGCACAGAAGUUAAUGCGGUUAUGUAUCCGACUGUUCGUACCGGUGUAAGAAAAAGAUUACAUAAAGAUGAUAUCAAUGGAAUCAAGGCCUUGUACAAGGGGAAGUGA